CUUUUAAUGACAUAUGUUUGUUUAGAACUGUAUGGUUGUAUUUUUCUCUUUUUUUUUGAGAGAUACAUUUUUUCUUGCACAUAAUCCGGAAAUGCCGAAAUUACUAGUGAAACAAUAUUUUUUUUUUUUGCGUUGUAUAUUCUCUAAUAUAAUUGAUGAUAAAGUCAUGUGCUAUUACUCCAAAGUAUAAUGGUAAAUGAAUGAUGAUGGCAUAUUUUGAUAAAAAUAAUGAAGCAUCAAAAGGUGCAAGAGCAAAACAGGAUGAACAAUAUGAAAUUCCAAAGAACAAAAAUGUAACAAAGACUGGCUUAGAUGUAUUAUAUACAUCUCGAGUAGAUCGCAAUGUAACUGAUGAAGAUCUGGGAAGGAAAAUAUUAUCAUUGAAACAUUUAUUAGAAAAAGAUCCAAAAGCUGCUGAUUUGAAAUGGUCUCUUUUCGUGGCAGCAUCCAAUACUUACCGUUAUGACAGCUGUUUAAAGCCAUUUCCACCUAUGUACAUUAAAAACGAGUGCAAGGAUAUUGAAGCCUUGAGGAGAGCCAUAGAAUCAGUUCCUCCUUUACCCUUGAUACGCAAAGAACUUAAUGAAGCUGGUGCAUAUGAAAAUUAUGGUGAAACAAUAGAAUUAUUAUAUUGGGUAUUAUUACGAUUAAGAGAUCCACACAUUAAGAGUGUGCAGAAAGAAUGUUAUGAUUCCAUAUUGAAUAAAGUGCCAUUGGAAGUGCCAGUUUCAGCUCCAAAUCUUAUAUUUCAAGUGGCAAGUGCGAAGCAAUCUGCACCAGAAGAGAAAUGGAAAUCAAGUGCUAAUGGUCAUUCGACGUUUUAUGCGUACCAUGGCAGCCGUUUAGAAAAUUUUCAUUCCAUCAUGCAUUAUGGUUUACAACAAAAUAUGUGCAAGAGAUCACAAUUUGGCAAAGGAAUAUAUCUUUCGAGCGAAUUAGGAGUGAGUUUACCCUAUAGUCCUGUGGGUUAUGGAUGGGGAGGCAGUCUUCUUGGAAGUGAAAUAAGUUGUAUAGCUCUCUGCGAGCUUAUCAAUCAUCCUGAUAUAAAGAGAGGAGAUUCAAGGGAUAGGGCACAAAAUACAUUGAGUGACUCAAUUGGUGGAAGAAUACCAGACAAAUAUUUUGUAGUAACAAAUAGUGAUUUAGUAAGGAUACGUUAUCUGCUUGUCUACACCCAAGAUCUCCAUACAACUAGUACUGCUGAUAAUUCAGGAUUAUUGGUAUGGUUCAAGCAACAUAAAUUACUGACGUUUGUGCUCGGCUACGUCGUGCUGUUAGCUUCGGUUGGAUUAACACAGAAUAAACAAGUAGAGAAAUAUUAUAGGUUAUUUAUCCAGAAAGCAGGAUUCGAAUAAAAAAAAUGAUAAUGCAAACAUUGCAAUAAAUUGGUUUUGAAAUAUGAGGAAAAAGGUUAUAAGUACCAUAUUUUCAUAAAAUUAGGCUUCAUGUGCCAAGAUUUUUAAGUAAGACUAGAAAAGAAUAUUUUUUUAUCUUUGUAUUAAAUAGACAAAAUAUACAGAAAAAGUGUUUUCACGAUUUUUAAUUUUGACAUUUACAACUUUUUAUAUGUCGAGAUAUAAAUAUCCAUUGGUGUAUAUAUGAACAAUGUUAUCUUUUAUAUACAUUCUUUUUAAAUAUAUAUGAUAAUUGAGUAAAUAUUUUAUAUAAAUCAUAUAAAAAUUUACAUAUGCAUAUCUAUACACAUACAUACACACAUAUAUACACACAUAUAUAUUACAUUAUUUCUUAAAAAACAUUUUUUCUAUAACUUUUUAAUAUCGUGAGAGUAUAAUAGGAAAGUUCUCAGUGACUAAAUAAUCAUCUUCAAAUAAAAUGAUGAGAUUUAC